AUGGGGUCUGGGUACUCGACCGCGACAGUGAUAGGUGUCCAGCAGCAGCAGCUGCUGCAGCGCUUGGCCGGGGCGGAGCCGAUCCCGCACGCGGCACCAUUCUGGGACCAGCUUUUCAGCCUGCCGACACCCCUCGCGUCCCUGGACCCGGCGGAUGUGGAGAUUACGCUGGCGCCACACUGCAGGCAGCUGCUCGCGCACAACCCGUUGACGCGCAACUUCCAGUCGCUGGUGCUGCACGUGUGCGGGCUGCUGGAGGCGGCGCGCGGCGGAGCGCCGUCGCUCGCGGCCGCAAACGCGCUGCACCUGGCGGGCGUGAUGCUGAAGCUGAUAUCAGAAAUGGCGGCGCCCAGCACCUUGGUGGCCGUCUUCGACUCCGGGCCGGACCCGCCGGCGGCUGCAAAGG